CCCUCUCAAGAUGAUGGAAGCUCUCCUGUAAUAUUCUUGGAAAACCCCUUUGUAUAUUUUGGACGUGUUUAUCAACAGACUUAUAUUAUUUACAGUCACAAGUCAACAGAGACAUCAUUGCUCCACUGUGGACAAACAUGGACAACAGUGUCACUGGAAGCAUCUCCUAUCGUCAGGUCACCAGAGGCGGACUCUUACUAGCAGCCUCGAACAACAUAAACCAGUAUUUUCCCAGUCUGAACUUCACUGCCUCAUGGCUGCUCAUUGCCACUUGGGAUGAGGUACCAUACUUUAACAACUCACGAUCGAGUUCAUCUUUUCAAGUUGUUUUGGUCUCUGGUGGCUCUCUGUCUUUUGUCAUGAUGAACUACGGGAAUAUCUCCUCUACAGAUCAAUGGUUUCAGGCUGGCUAUGGCACAACAGACUCAACAAAUUAUUCCUCAAUCCCUGUGCCGGAUGAAAAUAUUCUGUCCAACUCCAGCAAUGUCAAUGUCCCGGGACGCUGGGCAUUUCGUGUUGAUGGUGGACCUGAAGAGGGAAUCUUUUACCCAUAUGGAGACGAGGAUACAAAGAACCCUGCGGAGGAUUUCGGAAGUUCUCCACUGAUCACCCUAGAUCAGCCAUUUGUCUACUUUGGGCUUGUUUAUAAUCAACUAUUUGUGAAUAACAAAGGAUACUUGACUUUUGAAGAACAGUUUUACCAGUGGUAUCCGUAUGAUUUUCCUGCAUACUCGACUAGAGACAUCAUCGCUCCUCUGUGGACAGACAUUGACAUUACACGCAAAGGAAGCAUCUCUUAUCGACAAGUAACAGAUGGUCAUGUCUUGAAUCGGGCUUCAAGAGACGUAAACCAAUAUUACCCCAACUUAAACUUCUCUGCCACAUGGGUUUUUAUUGCUACAUGGGAUAAAGUACCGUACUAUGGAUACAGGCGGAUAGAGUCGACCUUUCAAGUGGUUUUGGUGUCUGGCAAAAACAUGUCAUUCACACUCAUGCAUUAUGGUCAUAUUUCCCCAGGCUUAUAUUCUGUUAAGUCUGGAUAUGACACAAGUUAUUCAACUGAUUUCUUCACAAUUCCCGUUUCUCACGUCACAAACCUGUCAUACACUAGCAAUGUCAACGUGAUGGGUCGAUGGGUAUUUCCAACUUACAAUACAUCAGUAAACAAUGGUCUGCUCUAUCCCUUCAGGAAUGGGCACCAUCUUCAACAGGAUUAUGGAUUUAGAUUAUUUGGAUUUCCAGUCAAUUUUAAUUUGCAAACAACAUUUUCUUUCCUCGGGCGCACUUACAGCGACGUUUAUGUGUACAAAAAUGGAUUGCUUACUUUGAAUCGGCAGUUGUUUCCAUCAAGUCCCCGAACUCUUCCAGCUUACACAGACAUAGACAUUGUUGCUCCACUAUGGACAGAUUUUGACAGCAGUGAGUUAUACAUUGAGGAAUUCAGUAGUGCCCGAGUACUACAGCGAGCCACAAAUGAUAUCCGUCAAUAUUUUCCUCAAACUAAUUUCACUGCAGACUCUGUUUUUGCUUGUACUUGGGAUAAUGUGAGAUAUCGUAACACUUCAGCACAGAAUUCCUCUUUUCAAGUACUGCUGAUCUUAGGUUCUGGGUUGUCAUUUAUUAUAUUUAAUUAUGGCAGUAUUCAACAAACUAAUCGUAAUAUUGGAGUGGCUGGAUAUGACACUAUUGGUUCAACCAGUUAUUACACAAUUCCUGUGUCUAACAUCACUGACCUGACCGACUCCACAAAUGUCAAUGUUCCGGGCCGUUGGGCUUUUCGUGUCGACUCUUUGCCAGGAAAUCUUGGUUUGUUUUAUCCAACUGGCUCUCCAGUCUCCCAGAAUCCCUGUCAAAGUAAUGCAACCUCACCAACUGUGCACUUGCAGUAUCCUUUCUUGUACUUUGGGCGCAGAUACCACAACAUAUAUGUCAACAAUAAUGGACAUUUGACAUUUGAUGGACCAUCUUAUGAAAGAGUCCCCAAUGCUUUCCCUGGCAACUCUACUAGAGACAUUAUAGCUCCACUCUGGGCGAUGUUUGACUGUAGGGUCAAUGGAAAUAUCUCCUAUCGCUUGGUAACUCAAAGCCGUAUUCUGGACCGGGCGAGAAAUGAUCUCAAACAGUAUUUCCCUCUGUUUGGGUUCUCAGUAAAUGCAGUCUUCAUUGCUACUUGGGAGAGAGUGCCAUACUUGAACAACACCUUGACGGAAUCCUCCUUCCAAGUCAUUCUAGUAAUUUGCAGGAGUCUUUCCUUUGUCAUAAUGAACUACGGAAAUAUCUCCUCAACUGAUCAAAGUUUUCAGGCUGGCUUUGACACGAUAAACUCAACAAAUUAUUUUUCAAUCCCUGUGACUGAUGAAAAUAAGCUGUCCAACUCCAGCAAUGUCGAUGUCCCGGGACGCUGGGUAUUCCGUGUUGAUGGCGGGCCUGAGGAGGGAAUAUUCUACCCAUAUGGAGAUGAAGAGGAUGAGAAAAACCCACCGUCGGAUGAUGGAAGUUCUCCACCGAUCCCCUUGCGGCAGCCAUUUGUGUACUUUGGCCAUGUAUAUGACAAAAUAUUUGUGAACAAUAACGGAGACCUGACCUUCGAUCAACCACUUUACCAGUGGAAUCCCUAUUAUUUUCCUGCAUACUCGACUAGAGACAUCAUCGCUCCUCUGUGGACAGACAUUUAUAAUAGUGAGAAAGGAACCAUCUCUUAUCGACAAGUAACAGAUGGUCAUGUCUUGAAUCGGGCUUCUAGAGACAUUAACCAAUAUUACCCCAACUUAAACUUCUCUGCCUCAUGGGUUUUCAUUGCAACGUGGGAUAAAGUACCGUACUAUGGAGACAGAGAGGCAGAGUCGACCUUCCAGGUGGUUUUGGUGUCUGGAAAAAACCUGUCAUUUACACUCAUGCAUUAUGAUUAUAUCACCUCCACCUAUGCUGCCGAGUCCGGCUAUGACACAAAUUACUCUACUAAUUUCUUUUCAAUUCCUGUUUCUGACAUCACAAACCUGCCGUACACAAGCAAUGUCAACGUCACUGGUAGAUGGGUAUUUCGUGUCGACAAUUCGUCAGAAAGAAAUGGAUUUUGUGACAGAACUAACCCUCAAGCCUCAGAUGAUCCUCCCAGUGCUCAGGUGUGUGGGAGAACCACACUUAGCCCCAGCAGCAGGAUAGUAGGAGGUCAGAACGCUUCAGCUGGACACUGGCCAUGGCAGGCUAGCCUUCUUAUGUAUGGCAGACACUUCUGUGGAGGUUCUCUCAUUAACAAAGAGUGGGUGCUGACCGCUGCCCACUGUGUUGACAGUUAUUCCAUCUUUUCUUUAAACGUGGUUUUGGGGCGUCAGAUCCAGAGAAACUUCAACCCCAAUGAAGUGUUUAGAAAUGUGAGGACAAUCAUCAAACAUCCCAGUUACAACUAUCUUACGAAUGACAACGAUAUCGCUCUGCUCAAACUGAGCUCUCCUGUCAACUUCACUGACUACAUCAGACCCGUGUGUCUAGCAGCUAAUCACAGUGUGUUUAACAAAGGGACAGACAGCUGGAUCACUGGAUGGGGAGACAUUAGUGAAGGAGUGUCCCUCCCGUCCCCUAAUGUUCUACAGGAAGUGAAGGUUCCUAUAAUUGGUAAUAGACAGUGCAACUGUCUCUAUGGAGUUGGAAAUAUAACAGAAAACAUGAUCUGUGCUGGUCUAUUGGAAGGAGGCAAGGACUCAUGUCAGGGGGAUUCAGGAGGUCCGAUGGUGAGCAGGCAGAGCUCUGUAUGGGUCCAGUCCGGUGUCGUCAGCUUUGGGAUUGGCUGUGCUCGACCUGAAUAUCCCGGUGUUUACACCAGAGUAUCCCGCUAUCAGGAAUGGAUCUCCUCCUUUAUGUGCAGCGAUCCUCCAGGUUUUGUGCAGUUCACCUCCACUGGAACAGAUUCUGACAACAGUUACACCUGCCCUGGUCUUCCUCCUCUUCCUCUUUCCUCAUCAAUAGGACCUGAACCUAAAAUCCCAUCUUCUGCAACAUCUCUUCCACAAAAUUCUUUGCUAUCAUAUUUUCUGUUGCUUAAUGCAAUGCCCUUCUUGUUUUAUGUGUAAACUACUCUUCUUCUUUUUUUAGAGAGAGAAAUUACAUUUUAUUAAGCAAGGCAUCAAAACUAAUAGUAAAGACACUGUUCAAAUAAAUUGCUCUGUGUCACAAAUAGCUCUGUGUCACAGGAAUAAAUUACAUUUUAAAAGACAAAAAUAGAAAGCAGUUAUUUUAAAGUCUAAUUAUUUCUCAAAAUUACUGUAUCAUAUCAACUCCAAACGUACAAAAAUAGACAACAAAUUGAUGAUAAUGUAAAUGGCGUUUGUGCUCACUGACACUCAAUUACACUUACACUGAUAAUCUUACAUUUUUUAAUUAUUCCUCAAUUUAAAUAGUUCUAAAUAGUAAUAAUAAAAUUGUAAAUGGAUACAUGUUGUGUUUCACAAAUCACAAAAAUAUAUAUUUUUUACUGGAUAUUGAUGUAGCUACUUACCAUAACAUUUUUCCCAAUCAAUUUUCCUAUUGUUUAUGUUUAUUAUAUAUUAUAUAUUUAAGAAAGUGUUGUAAUGUCAAACUGACUUCCUUCUGUAUCCUAUGUUUUUUUUUUUUUUUUUUUUUUUUUACAACAAGGGUAUGUACAACAAGAAUGUGUAAUACAUUUUAGAAAUAAUAACUUCAUUGGUUAUGGUGGUAUAACAGGCUUUAUUUCUUUUUUUUGAAAAAACUUUCUUAGACUCAGAUCAUGAGGAAGAUCUCAGAAGUUUUGAAAUAUGUAUAAUAUUCAUAUAAUAAUUGCCAAAAAAUAAAGAAAUGUAAAAUA